AUGGCCAACUUCGGAGCUGACCCAGUGCAGCUUCAAGUUGGUCACUCCAGCUCAGCAUCCGGAGAAGCAGGUAUGAUUUCUGUCUUAUUCAUAAAGACAGUGAUGGUUGCAUGGUGUCACGCCUGGUGUCUGUGUUCUAAAGCAAUGUCUCUGUUGUCGCAGCACGUGUUCGUCGUUGGAGACUCCCACCUGCGCGCCAUCGUGGACGGGUUCGUGGCCAUUCCAGAGGGCUGUCUGUCUUUUGGUUUUCUGUCUGUUCCAGGUACAGACACCAGGGAGCUGAGGACGGAGGUGCUGCGUGCUGCUGUUCCAUGGACCCCGGACGCUGAGUGUGUGCUCGUCCCGAGCAACAACCUCACUGCCAGUAGGACCAUCAGUGAGGCGGCGUUGGACUUCGGUGCGCUCCUGACCACCGUCUGCAGUCGCUGGCCCAAGGUGUGUUUUAUGUAUUUAUUUAUUUGUUUUUCCUUUUUUUGUUAUUGCAGUCAGUAUUUAUUUGGUAGUUGUGAACAGACUGUCUUUGUGUUGGACUUCCCUCCCCGUCUGACCAUGGACCUUGGCUUCCAAGAGCAGCUGCGUCAGGAAUACCACCGUGUCGCAGCACGCAUGGGUCUCCCCUACGUGUCUGUGACGGCGCACUUCCCAGUCCAUCGGUUGGAGCUGUGGUGCCAUGAUGGCGUAAGUACAGGAUACUUUGUUGGUGUGAUAUAAGACGUGGUGGAGUUUCAUGUUUUUGGAGUGACAUGUUGGUUGUGUUAAACUGUCUUUGCGGUGCACCUCAGCGACUCCGAUGGCAUGCCCAUCCUGGUGCAGCUGCUGUGGAAUGUGGCCUACCUCCAGCUGGCACCCCCUCCGCCCCCGCCCCCGGUGUCUCCCCGGAGAUCGCCGGGUGGCCGGGUGUCCCCCAGUCUGGUCGUGACGGGGCACGUUCCCGUGCCACGUCACAGUGACCCCAGCGAGUGGGCGGUGGUUGGACGGCAGGGUGGACGGCAGGGCAAGGUAAUGUGUUGCUUCAAGACAAUUUGUGGCUUAAAGCUGUGCAAAGUU